CAUAUUUUAUUCAACUUUUAAUCAGUCAUUGCAAAUAGUGACAGUCAUUGAGACAGUAUGCCAAGCACUUAAAUGUUUGAAAUGAAGCUGUUAAUAAUAAAUACACAUCUGCUGCAGAUUGCUAACUUGAAGUAUAGAUUUAUAGUUCAUCCCCUUGCCUUGCGUUCGACUUGGAAACUUUAGUUUGAAACAAUUAUUUUGCCGACGGAAGACUUAUAUUUCUUAAAUAACAGGACGUUUAUGAGAACCAAAUGUGAACUCAAUUUAAGUUUCGUUUAGCAACGCACUCUGCACUUUUAAGGCCAGAAUAUAGUCAGAACUAGUUUUACAUCAAUUUAAAGUUCAUAGAAGUGCAAUUUAAAGUUCCUUCGGCAAUUCUGCUAAUAAAACAUACUCCAAAAACUUGGCAACUUACAAGGAGUGUGCGGUUAAAACGUGAGGUCUAGGAGCUAUUUACAUCCCAGGGAACUAUGGCUGCCCAGACCCCGACGAUAACAACAUUCCAGCCGUCUGCCACAUCCUCCCCAGAGCCCAGUGCCAAGUGCCUGGCCUGCAUGGCCACCACUGCCACGGAUAAUAUUCCGGCAAUCUGCAGGAACCGAGGACGAGCGGAGGAGCCGUGUGGUAUUUAUCGCAUCUCCCACGUCUACUGGCAGGACGCACUGCGGAUAAUUGACCCGGACGACUUACUCGCACAGGACUACGGAAGAUGCGUGGUGGAUGACCAGUGCGCCGAGCGCAUUGUGCGUAGCUAUGUGCAGCGAUAUGGAGGCAAGGAUUGCAAUGGAGACGGACGGAUCGAGUGUCGGGAUCAUGUGGGACUGCACAUGCGAGGACCGGGCGGCUGCCACAGGCAGGAGCCACUGGGGAGCCUGGUGGAGAGGCGAUUGGAAGGCUGCUUGAAAUACAGUGGGAUUACUUAGUA